AUGUAUCGGCCCAAACAAAGCCCCGGUCCGUCCAGUCUCAAAUUCUGAAUCCCCUCUGUAGUCAGCUCAGCAUUCCCAUCGGGGCAGCUACUCCCCAAGAUUGGUGGACAAGAGUAUGAAUAAGAUAUUGGAUUUCGGAAGGAAAGCUCUGUUCUACGCCAGGGUUCUUUCCGGCUAUGAAGAACGGAGAAUCCGAUCCUAUCGCCUCAUGUGCGAGCAGCGUCUCAAACAGGCAGAAGAGCGGAGGCUGGCUAUAAAAAAGCUUCCUGAGCAGACUAUUUUGUCAGAGGUUCGCCGUAUGGUUGAGGAGAUGCAGAAUUUAAAUAAGCAGCUAGAAGAGACUGAGGCUGCUAUUGAAGAGUACUUCAAGCCACUCGACCAAGAGGCUCAGAGGUUAAUGAAAACACAACUUGAAGGAGAGGAGAGAACAAUGAAACAGAUGAUGAAAACCAUGCAUGACCAGGCUAUGCUUGAUAUAGCUGAUGAGGAGAGAAAAGUUGAAGCACAAAUAGUCGACACAGACCAGAAGAACAAAGACCCAAGACCUAAUACUCAACAUCUGCCACCGCCCACAUGAAGGUUAGACAAGAUGAAUGUGUAAUAAUUGGUUAUAUAGCUUUAGGAUUACUCCUGUACGAGCAUUAUCAAUUUUGGUUGUUUCAGUAACUGUGCUAUGGCAUGAAUAUAAGAGGAUUUUGUACCCCAAUUUACUAAAUCUUGGAUUAUGAACUGGCUUUGAAAUAAAGAAAUUGUCUAUCGUGAUAUGUAA